CAGUUCUUCGAGGCAAAGGUGACCCCAGGUGCGCGAGGACACCGUUUCACUACUCGGUGAGAUCUUAUCUGGAUAUUCUUGACAGACAAGUUCACGCGCACAGAAAGGCCCUCAUCUGUCCACCUGAUGGCAUGCAGAUCUCCAAACAUCUAAGGGGGCCAGUCUUAUUUCCGCCCCACAACUCUUCUUUUGCUCUUUGUGUGACCAUCUUCCUCCCACCCCUUCUUCUGUGACUUCCUUCUGGUCCCAACAUCCACCUGCUUCCUCAGUAUGGAUAUACUCAAUGAUGACGAGGAGGGAUGCUACCGCAACCGCACCGUCAAAUUCUUCUAUGAGGAGAGCGGCAAGAACAUCAGCGACCACUGGCGCAAACGGGAUUAUGUAAUCGUCACCAUGGGAAUGACCGUUUGCUUCAUUGUUAUUUUUUCCAACCUUUUGGUCAUAGGGGCUAUUUUUAAAAACAAACGUUUUCACUUUCCCAUCUACUACCUGUUGGGUAACCUGGCUUUGGCCGACCUAUUCUCAGGUGUUUCCUACCUCCACUUGAUGUUUCAUACUGGUCCCUGGACUAUUAAGCUGUCCAAGUACCAGUGGUUUGUGCGGCAAGGGCUGAUCGACACCAGCCUCACUGCCUCGGUCCUAAACCUUUUAGCGGUGGCCGUGGAGCGACACCAAACCAUCUUCAACAUGACGCUGCACAGUAAGAUGAGCACCCGCCGGGUUUUCUUCAUCAUAGUGUUCAUAUGGCUGGUGUCGAUUAUCAUGGGCCUGGUGCCCACCAUGGGCUGGCACUGCCUGUGCGACCUGCCGAACUGCUCCACCAUGGCGCCGCUUUACAGCCGCAGCUACCUGGUGUUCUGGGCCCUCCUCAACUUGCUGACCUUCUCCAUAAUGGUGGCCGUCUACACCCGGAUCUUUGUCUACGUGAGGCGCAAAAGCAGGCAGAUGUCGCAGCACACAACCCAGAUCAGACACAAGGAGACCGUGUUGAACCUGAUGAAGACUGUCUCCAUGAUCCUGGGCUGCUUCGUGGUCUGCUGGACCCCCGGCCUGGUGGUGCUGCUGCUCGACGGCCUGGGCUGUGAUAAGUGCCAGGUGCUGCGGGUCGAGAAAUACUUCCUGGUGCUGGCAGAGUGCAACUCCUUCGUCAACCCCAUCAUCUACUGCUUCAGGGACAAAGACAUGAGGAGCACCUUCAAAGAAAUCCUGACCUGCCUGUGCCGGCGGAGCCAGGACCACAGAGGCCUCUCCGAAGUCCACUUUAGCACCAUGGAGCACGAGGUACUGUCUGAGAGCAACGGAGCCGAUGACAGCAAUCACAAACAAAACAACCACUCGCACUAAAGACAGCCUAUGAAAUCAGAGCCCCCAAAAUCACACUGACUUCAGACAGAUGAUGAGGAGCCGUUUCCUGUUUGUUUUUUCUUUGAUGUCAGACUUUGCUGGACAAAUUUUCUUCUUUUGUGGUUUUAGCUUCCCUCAUCCAUUUUAGCUUAAAAGUGAGUUAACAAAAGAAAACAGUCCAGAUGGGGCUUUAUUAAGCAAACGUAAAAUGUGACCUUCCUGUUUACGCAUGCCCUCAGUCAGUUCUGGACACGUGUUGGCGUCAGUCACGUCCUGGUGUCUUUUUUUUUUUUUCAUCAUGUCAAUAAGGCAUUUUUUCAUUUUUCUUUAGAUGACAAAGCUCUAAAACAUAAUUUUUUUGUCUACCAACAUCAGAUUUUGAGUUGUUUAUGGUGGACAUGAACACAACUCAAACAGGCUCUUUAGCUUUGUAGCUGGAUUUUAAACUAUUCAUCGAAGCGCUGUUUGCACAAACACGGGUUUUUGAACAAGCAAGUCGAAUGGUCUUUAGAGACCUGUGAAAGUUACUGUAUGCGUCAAUAGAUGUUUGAGGGGGGGGUUGGGUCAGAAUAUAAAAUACCAACCUGGUUAACAAGGCUUCUCCAUGUCUGCAUGUUGAAGUGCAGAUGCAUCAGGUUUUUAGGGGGGGCGUCCCGAUGAUCUGCACAGACCGCACACAGUGAGCCAAAACCUGCAUUUCUUGCAGAAUAAAAGCCACUGUGCUCAGCAGAUGUUGUGUAUUAACCAAAGUGGUGUGAAUUUCCGAAAAAUAAAAACGUAACUGUGUACCAACUUUUACUUUGAAUUCAGUAAGCAGGCGCUGUAGGGACUCAGCCGAUCUGGUUUGGAUUUGUUUCUCUGAACGGAGGAGUUUUCCUUGCGGCGUUGAGUUUUUCUUAAAAAAAGAAAACCAUUACAAGAACCCGUGUUUGUGCCGACAGGGCCUAAGACACAUCUGACAUCCAACUGUGCAGUUGUUGACGUUGUUUGGUCUCAUUGCAGAGUCUUUGUUUGGUUUCUUUUAAUCUUACAAAAACCACAAGCUGCAAGCGAAUCGGUGCUCGGCUCGUUCAAGAGGUGCACAAGCCCACAUCGAUGAACACACUACAUACGCAGCGUGUUUGGAACCCUCGUGUCCUUUUUAUACGUGCAUUACCUUUUUUUCCACUCUUCUGACUCACUCAUGUGAAACUUUCAUAUGGAAAGGUGACAUCCGUAUGCACAGUCAUAUAGCAAGAGCACAUGCACGCCCCAUUACCACUCAUUUUGCAGGAAUGAGAUGCCUUCUUUUGUUCUGGAUGUCAGUGAGGAGUCGGCCUGUCACACAAAUAAAUGCCGCCACUAUCUCAGAGGCUCAGUGAUCCCUGCUCACUGUUAUCCAGAGGAAUAGGCAGGUCCCUUCCUUCCAAGUUAAGGGAAAAGUAAAGCGGUAGGACUAGGAAUUUGGACUUGGUUUCAAUUCUUGAACGAGCCAAAAAGGUCAACUGACAGGAACACAUUUGUCAAAGUUUACCUGUAUCU